AUGUCCAGAAACUCGGGACCUCCCUCCGAGGGUGUCCGCCAACGGCCCCGGCGCAACUCCGCCGCCGAGACGCUCAUUGACACAGCUAAGCAAGUCGAAGCAUCCGUCGAGAAGGCACUGCUAUGGGCGUGGGAUGAGCUGCCAAACUGGCGGCGCGACAACGCCUUCAUUCUCCGGGGCUACCGGCCGACCUCCAACAGCUACUGGGGUUCCUUCACCAGCCUGGGCUACCUGCACAACGAGUCCGUCAACAUCUGGUCGCAUCUACUUGGGGCUGCGGGUUUCACCAUCGCCGGGUCAUUUUUGCAUGGGGUGGUAGCACCUCGGUACGAAAGCGCGAGCGAAAGCGAUAUCAUCGUCUUCGCAUGCUUCUUUGCGGGCGCAUUCUGUUGCCUGGGCAUGAGCGCGACGUACCAUGCGAUAUGCAACCACUCUCCGGAUGUGGCCAAGUGGGGAAACAAGCUGGAUUACUCGGGAAUCGUCUUCUUGAUUCUGGGCAGUUUCGUACCGGCACUGUAUUAUGGUUUCUUCUGCUCGCCCCGGCUCCUGACACUGUAUCUCUCUAUGAUUUGCCUACUGGGUCUGGGAUGCCUGACCGUGUCUUGGUUCGAGCACUUUCGCGUCGUUCCCGUCUUCCAUGGACUGAAGAUGCGCGGCUUCCAGAACCUCGACGAGCAGAUGGGUCUCAGAUGGGUGCUAUUACAAGGAGCCCUUUACAUAUUCGGAGCGUUCCUCUAUGCUGUAAGCUAUCUAUUUGUGAAAGAAACUUGUUGA